CUUGUUCACGCCUGGCUUCGUCCUCGAGGCUCAGGGAUCCGGGGCUCAAACCUGCCAGCUUUUCUUCUCAGCACGUGCUUCCUGGCGGCUGGUCUCCUGGUGCAGCGCGAGCUUUGGCGCUUGGUUCUGGGCCAGAACAUUCUUGGGAGCACACGUUAUCUCUGCUGCCUCCCUGCCCACAUAAAAGCCUGCCAUUGUCUGUGGACAAGUCAGUUUGACCUGUGGCUUCUCAGCUGACACCGACUCGCAGCAUCGCUUGGCUCCCGCCUCCCCGGUCUAAAGCUGGAUCGAUCCCGGGCCAUGAAUCCCAAGGAUAAGCCGAAGUCCAAGAUUUCGGCCUCCCGCAAGCUCUCCCUCAAGAUGCUGCUCCUGACAAGAGCUUGUGAGGACCUGGAGAGAGAGAACCAGGAGAGGGAGGAGGAGAAAGUGCGCUACCUGGGAGAGAAGCUUCCUCCGCUGCAACUGUCUGGUCUGUCCCUGGAGGAGCUGCAGAACCUGUGCAAGCAGCUUCACGCCCAGAUCGACGUCGUGGACGAGGAGAGAUACGACUGCGAAUACAAAGUCGGCAAACACAACAAAGAUAUCCACGAGCUGAAGCUGAAGGUGCAGGACCUUGGCGGGAAGUUCAAGAAACCAGCUCUGAGGAAGGUGAGGGUGUCUGCAGACGAGAUGAUGAGAGCCCUGCUGGGCUCCAAACACAAGGGCUCCAUGGACCUGAGGGCCAACCUGAAGUCCGUGAAGAAGGAGGACGUCAAGCAGGACAAGGUGCUAACCACCGAGGUGGGAGACUGGCGUAAGAACGUGGAAGCCAUGUCGGGCAUGGAGGGCCGCAAGAAGAUGUUCGACACCGGCGGCGGCGCGCAGUGAGGGGCGUGAAUCCUGCUGCUGCCUGAGCCGGGGCCACGCCAGCGUGACUCCUUCAAGUUCUCCACCUGAAUAAAGCACUGACGACUCUGACUCCUCUCCUGA